GACUGUUACCUCCAUCAGUCUCACCUUCAGAGAAAUGCGACACUGGUAUCCUUCUUCUAGUCGUAGCCGGAGACUGCUGUGGCGGAAGCUGCCGUGAGUUCUGCUGCUGCUGCGGCAGGCGGGACACAUUUCGUGUCUUCAUCUCUUCGGCUUCCUCUGGUCUCCGCUGCCUCCGCUGAGAUCUAAGUCACUGUACUUAUGCCUUAUUUCCGGGGUCCACGGGAAGCAUGAGUCUGUUGGGACUUGGGACAAGAAGAAAACAAGAUACCUUCAUAAGGAAAACCAGACACUAACAAAAAGUAUCCCAAAGUCGGAAGAGACAGAACCCAACCAAACAUGACCGACAAAGAACGUAGGGAUCCUCCAGAGGAUUGUCAAAAUGAUUUGGAAAAUGAGUCAUCAGUAAAUUCACAGGCACAGGAGAUCACAGUCACAGAAAGUACCACUGAAGAAGUUCAGGACUCAAGCCCUGCCUCUGGUCUUCCUGAUGACCACCCAGAUGUAGAAAAUAUAGGUCCAGGAAAUGCAGAGACAGAAAGUCCAGCUGAAACAAAUAAUGGGCAAUAUGCAGAGGAUAAGCCAGACCAUGAAAAAAGCCAGAGUUUUCAGGAUGAAGAGCAAGGGCAUCACCUCGCUUCAGAAAGUCUGGCUAAAGAACACUUGGAUCCUGAACCCUGCCAUUCUCCAAAUGACAAAGGAGAGAGAUCAGAUGAACACUUGGGGAGCAGCUCUGCAGCCCUCCCUAAAGAAGUGAGUGACAGACCCAGAGUUCCCGAGGAGUCACCUGCCCACGAGGCCCAGAAUUCUGAUCAUCCCAGUGCAGGAUUGGAGAGCCAGGCCAUGCUAAGGAAGCGACAGCUGGCACCAGAAGCUGUAAGUCAUCAACAAGAAACACCAAAAUUAAAAGAAAACAAAGAGAAUGGACAGGAUACCAUAAGAAAGAAUGAAAAGGAAUUGUGGCACUAUGCCUUCACCUUUGUCAUUCUGGUGGUGUCCUGUUUUUCGCUAAAUUAUGUUCAUAGCUACUAUUUCUCUUCGGCUCAACAAGUACCCAAAAACCCAGCUUUGGAGGCUUUCUUGGUUCAGUUCAGCCAAUUGAAGGAUAAAUAUCCAGGCCAGAGUUCCUUCUUGUGGCAAAGAGGACGUAAGUUUCUCCAAAAACACCUCAAUGCCUCAAACCCUGCGGAGCCAGCCACCAUCAUAUUUACAGCAGCUCGAGAAGGAAGAGAGACCCUUAAGUGCUUGAGCUACCACGUCGCGGAUGCUUACACCUCUUUCCAUAAAGUCUCUGCCAUUCGGAUCGAUGGAGCUGAAAGGGCCUCACAGGACAGUGACGUGGUCAAGCUUGUAGUUGACACGGUGCUAAGCUCUGGAUUUGAGAAUGGCUGCAAGGCUGCCGUGGUACACCACUUCGAAUCCCUUCCUGCAGGCUCCACCUUGAUCUUCUACAAAUACUGUGACCAUGAGAAUGCAGCCUUUAAAGAUGUGGCCCUGGUCCUGACUGUUCUUCUAGAGGAGGAAACAUUAGAAGCAAGCGUUGGCCCAAGGGAAACUGAAGAAAAAGUGAGAGAUUUACUCUGGGGCAGGUUUACCAACUCCAACACUGCCAGCUCCUUCAACCACAUGGAUUCAGACAAAUUGAGUGGGCUGUGGAGCCGCAUUUCACACCUGGUGCUGCCUGUCCAGCCAGUGGAGGACAUAGAAGAGAAGGGGUGCCGCCUUCCCGACAGCUAAGCACAGAGUCACUGCCAGAGGGCAUGGUUUACUAAAAAGUUAGUUUAAAGCCUUUCACAUAUGUCCUAGGAGGUUGAUGGAUGGGAGGAAAACCGCCUUUGUAAAACACAAAUGAGAUUAUUUUAGAAACAGAUUUUUCAUUUUUUACUGUUUUGCAGUUUUUCUAAUCUAAGCUUGACAAAGCUAAAAGUUGACCUGACUUUCUUUCCUUGCCUUUCAAGCAAACCAGGUUUUGAGAUAUAAUGUGGUCUAUAACUGAGGAAUUUUUUUUUUUUAAUCCAAAGUAUAGAAACAGAAGUAUUACACAGGAAGAUGAUGAUAGUUUCAGAAUAACUAUAGAAUGAUUUCUGUUUUUUUGAGACUCUAGAGCCUUUUUGUGGAGUUUGGAUACCAACUAAAGCAAUUACAAUUAUGAAACUGAUCAUUUUUUAGAAAAUGUUUCUGUCAUGUGUAAACUUUUAAACUUGUUUUAAUAACCUAGUUGAGGGAUUACAUCCUAUAGUGAUUUGCACUUUUGAAUAGUACAAAAAAGUAAGAAUUCAAAUACUUACCUAAAAUGCUAGAUGUUAAGGCACUGUGCUUUUAUUCCGUUAACCAACUGAGAUAAAAGCUGCUGUAUUCAAAAGAUGUUCUCUAAAGUUGGAAACCUUGGGGAAAUUGUUUAUAAUUAUUGAAAAUGAAGAAUUCCAAUUGAAUGUAUUUUACUUCAGUUUCUUGAAUGACCUAGAGUAGUGAUUUUUAAGCAGGAAUCUUCCCUUUGUCUCAGAGCACUCUGCUUUUGACUGUUUAAUGUAAAUAUUGGGAUUCUCUGAAAGAUUUAAUUAGAACAAAGAGUCCAUUGAUAAGCUUGAAAACCACCAAUUAAGUGAAAAAACCAAGUUAGAGAUAUUUAUAAUGAUUUAUUAUGUUAUUUUAAGAAAUGGGUAGGGGAAAAUGAAUAUGAAAACUCAAGAGUGGAGAAUAAGAGGUUGGUUUAUUGUAUAGACAAGCUAUUUAGACAAAAACCUACAAAAGAAUAGCAGAAUGUAUCAACUAGUAUUUACUAGCAUAUUUCUGAUGCUUAACAUUUUCUAUUAAUCAUUAUUUUUGUCUCCCUGAUUAGAAUUUCAUAAUUGUCAAGGAUGAGCAUUUGAAUGACCUUUAGGUAGAAUAGAUUUUAAAAACCAGUUGAAUAGCAGAUUUUCUGAAUUGGCAUAACUUUACCAAACUGUUUACUUGUCAUGCAGUGAUGUAACAUUAUAUACUACAACUUCUUGAUCAGCUACUUCUAAGUACUGUUGAGUUAGAGAAAUGCAAGAGAUGUUAUACUUAGUAAGCAGAAGCAGAAAUAGGGUAUAUCUUUCCAGGUUACAAUGGGUGCUAUUGCUGGACCAUGUUCUGUAAUUGUAGGAAAUACUGAGGGCAGUAUUUGUGCAAAUAGUAGUUGUUGAUUUGUGUUUCAACUCUGAAAGCAAAAUGCUGGUGAAAUGAUCUUGAUCUUGAUCUAUGAAGAGUCAGUUCAUUAUAUGACACACUUAGGAACUAUCACCAUGAUUCUGGAAUAUUUCAACUAGGUUCUGACCUCUCUGCUUCUGUGAAAGCAGAGAGGAGCACACCCCAUGUGUGUGGGGUGGGAGAAAGAGAGGGAGGGAGACAAAGGGGGAGUGUGUGUAUAGAUAGAUAAACAUCCAUUUAUGAUGCAGAUAUUUAUAUCUGUGCACUAAGACUAUGUAGGGAUCUUUAUUGAUACAUAAGAAGAGAUCCCAAAGACAAGGGGGAGGAAUCUAUUUGUAAAUUUUUGUCACAGGAAAACCACAUAUAUCUAUUCUAACCAAGGCCUUAAGUAACACGCAUUUCUGUGUAGGGGCAGACCUAAAGGAACUAUUUUCAUUUGGAGUUUUGUAUAGGAAUCUUCCACUAUAUUGGUGGAAAAGGCCCUGCCUGAAUAAAAUAUUACAGCAUGGUGAAUAUAUCAAGCAUUGGCUUGAUAAAAUCAGAGGAAACUGAAGAAAAAUCUGUAUACUAUAUUGGAAUUUUGCUGUAUUUUUAGAUCUCAGAUGCUAGCAUUAUAUCACACAAAACCAAUGGUGCCUUGUAGAGCUUAUGCUGGCCUGCUGACUGUGCUACCUCACACCUGUAAUGACCCACUGUGAUGGCGUGCAUGGUGAAUCUGUCAGCAACUCAGACCAUAGCUGAAACAAAGAUUCUUCUUUGUCCAUUCAGUUGUGUAUGAUUUUUCAUCAUUUCCUUUUAAUAUAGGUUAGAAAAUCACCAAAAAGUCAAUUUCUAAAAAUGUUUAGUGUUUGUUUAAAAACACCUUCUUCCAUGUAUUAGUGCAAUCAACUAAAACUAUUGUCAGUUUUCUGUCCACUCUUUCAAAAAUCAUUUUAAAAAGCAGUGUACUAGCUCUGGAUCUCCUUAUGAAUAAAAUGAUUAUUUUUAAAGCAUAAAACUAUAUUUUUUAAUAUGUACAAAUAAUAUCAAUUAUCUAAUGUACUCUUAGUUUAAUUUCUAUUUGUUUCUAUUUUUUUAUAUUUUUCAAGUUUCUAAAUUUUGUAGUUUAUCUUUCAUCAUUCUAAUAGUUUAUUUGCUGAGGUGGUUUUGAUCUUUUCACAGUUUGUAAUAGUUUGAUUUCUACUGUUAAAGGCAGAAAGCAUAGUAAGAAUUAAUGUUCAAAUAUAACAUGACAUGACAUGUUAAAAGUGAUAAUAAUUGGGGCCUCCUUGGUGACAUAGGGGUUUAAGUCUCAACUCUAUCAAGCUAUGGACAGCCGCUGCUGCACAAGUUCAUUCCCUGGCCGGGGAGGUAGCCCAUAUGGCACAGCAGACCUUACCUGUCUUACCCGCUGCUCCCCUCAGCAAUGUAUAUCAGUAAAUCUGCCUGUUCUGCUCCCCACUCUGUCUCUGGUGAGUCCUUUCACCCCCCCCCCCACCUCUGGCUUACAUCCCAGUUCUUGUAGGUAUAAAUAAACAAAAAAUAAAUCUUUAAAAAAAAAUAAGCGAUAAUAAUUUAGCAAGGUGUCCUCCAGGACUGUAUUUGCAUAUCUGACCAAAUCUUUAUGCAGCAUAUAUAGAUGUAUGUUUCUUCAAAAACUAAAUGUUAAGUGGAAAACAUAAUUAUUACAUCCAGUUAGGGUUACCAUUUAAUGGGAUAUAAAAGGUUAUUUCCAGCUUUUUUGUGGAGAAGUACAUUCAGAUAGCAACAGGAAACCUUUUUCUUUUAUCAUUUGAUAAAAUCAUAAAAAUAAAUCAUUACAUCUUUGUAAGACCCUUAAGAUACUUGAAGCAGUUUUUCAUCUUUUGCAAGUUGAAUAUGUCAUUAUAUAUCAAUCUUCAUUUUAAUACUUUGUUCAAUCUGAGCAUAAUAUAUUUCAUUCUAAGAUUUGUUGAAAAAUCAUGCCGGGCUUGUUUUUUUCGGAAUUAAAGUACCUUGAACUCAUCACUCAAUGGUAGUAUUGUCUUUGUAAUGUGAAUAUUAUUAAUGAUUAUAGAUCACUUUAUCAUAAUCCAUAGAGUUAAGAUAAAAUUACUUUAAAAUUGUUCCAACAGUGUAUAUGAGACAAUAAAAUACUACAAAUACUUGCUGUGAAUAAUAUAUUUGCAAAGAAGAUUUGCCAAUUCCAGAGAGAACUAAAUAAAAUUAACAUAUCCAGUUUCUUCACAUGGCUUUAAACUAUGCCUUACUCCUCUUUAUGUCAGCUUCUAGGUAUUAGGUUGUGAAGUGCUAACCUCAUCCAAGUAGCCUGAGAACACAACCAGUAUUUCCAAAUCUAAAUACUCUAUAAAGAUAUACAUAAUUUAGUCUUCAGUGCCUUUCCAUUUCAUAUCCAUUUCAGCUUUUUUUUUUUAAAGAUUUAUUUAUUAUUUAUACAAUAGCUGGGGUGUAGGCCAGAGGUGCGGGAGGGUGAGAGGAUUCACCAGAGACAGAGUGGGGAGCAGAACAGGCAGACUGACCGAAGACACUGCUGAGGGUAGCAGCGGGCGAAACAGGAGAGAUGUGCCGCGCCAUGUGGGAUUCUCCCUGGCCAGCCUGAAAUCGAACCCGCGCUGCAGAGGCUGCGGACAACGUCACAGAGCUGUGCUCAACCCUCUGUGCCACAGGGGAUGCCCGUUUCAGCUUGUUUUGAUGUCUUUAAAAAGCCCACUGGAACAUAGCGGAGGAUUGUUGGGGCAUAGGUGGUAGGCAGGGUGUGUAAGUAUACAUCUAUAGAGGUUUGAACCUACAACCCCUGGUUAUAGAUACAGAUUCAAAGAGGUUAAACCUACUUUACCUGAAUUAACAAUUUGGGGGGGGAAAUCCAUAGAUUGGCUUCUUUUUUGGGACCUGAUCUCCCAUUUUUCUUUACUGAGGCUCCUAAACUAAAUUUUCCCUUCACGAAGAGCUUUGGACUUGGGCAGCAGCAGCUGAGCAGUUAGGUAGAGUUGGCAAAAAGAAGUUAGGUCACCCCUUGAAGCCUUCGUUCUCCUGGUGCCCAAACUGGGCUUCAAUGUAAUCUACGUAAAGCUGCUAGCACCUGCUCCCAAUUAACCAGAUUACAAGAGAUUUAAAUCUGUCAUUCCUGUCGAAAGAGAAGCAGCACAUUGACUUUGAGACACAACCUCUUUUUGCUUUUUUCACUUAAAAAAUAAAUGGACUUUGCUGGUGUUAAUGUCAAAUUUCUUGGCACUCCCCUUCUCCCUUAUGUAACAACGAUUACUUUUGCAUUUGUUAUGGAUGUUGAAGAAUGCUUCAUUUAAAUUAGUUGUCUGGUUAUUAAUCAAAAUAAAUUUUAAUUUUUCUCCGUUGACUGAUUCUUGAUUAAAGUUCCCAAAAUAGGGCCUCCCUGGUGGCGCAGGCGGUUGAGCGCAGCACUGUGAAGCUGUCCGCAGCCUCUGUAGUGCCUGUUCCAUCCUGCCGGCCUCAGAGCAACCCACAUGGCACGGCAGACCUC